AUGCAGAAAACUUCUUUGCCUGAAGAAGAAGGGAUUUCAAGAAGAUAUUUAGUUAUAUUUUGGAAAAUUUCUCUCUUUUCUUUCUAUUAUUCUCUCCUUUCUCUGUUUUCUCCUCUCUUUAAUUUCUCUCCUCACCUCUCUUUCUUUUUCACUUCUUUCUUUUACUGUCUUUUAUUUCUUUUUUGUCUCUUUACUUUUUUACCUUUUUUCUUUCCUUUUUUGUUUACUUUUCUUUUUGCGUUUACCUUUCUUAUACCAUUAUCUUUUUCUUCUUUUUCCUUGACCUAUUGUCUUCUUCCUUUUUUCCUUUCUUCUACAUUUUCUGUUCACAUGUGUAAAGCUAAAGUUAAUAAUCGGUCAUGUCAUUUCUACAACAAUUUUGAUGCCUUAAAGAAAAAUGGUGAUCCCAGGCAGAAUGUUGGCAAUAUUGUUGAUAUUGAAGACUUAGUUUCUAUUGGAACUAAACAAAAACUUUGCCCAUAUUACAUGUCUCGAGAAAUUAAGAAGGAUGCAGAUAUCAUUUUCAUGCCUUACAAUUACCUUCUGGAUGCAAGGUCACGGAAAUCUCAUGGAAUUGAACUGCAAGGACAUAUUGUCAUAUUUGAUGAGGCCCACAAUUUGGAAAAAAUUUGUGAAGAGAGUGCUUCAUUUGACCUUACUUCCACAGACCUUGCACUUGUUAUUGAAGAACUGACACAGCUCUCUGCCAAAAUCAUUGAAAUGGCUCAAGCAGAGGCUACAUCAUUUACUGAGUCAGAGACAAAUGGUAAGUUCACUUGA